ACAUCAGUCAGACAAACUAGAUUUAUGAGAACAUUGUAAAAAUAACAAGCUCUUAAUACAUUGAACCAGGUCUGGGAAAUAAAAUGGAGGUCAUAUUCAGAAGCAGACACAUGCGAUCUGAUGGAUUCAGAUAAAAGCCCAGAUUUUGUGGAGAAAUUGGCUCACAAGUACAAGCAAAAAUGCAAAAUCGAGUCAAGUACUGAUUCUGAAUCUGAGACCAAUACAGAGGGCACCUUCACGCGAAGAUUCUUUAAAAAAGCAAGUGACAUGAAACUUCAAUAAAAAAAAAAUAAAAAUCCACCUUCCCGAACCAUGGCUGAUCAAAGGCAGGACAGGCGUAGCUGCAUCCGUGAAGCAUUCAGUGUUAUCAACACCAGGGUUGGCAUCAAGAAGAAACAAAGGAAAAUGCUCCAUCGUUUUAAGGGCGAUCACAAAAAGAAUCGCAUGGAAUUUGCAGAAGGUAUCAUAAGAGAGUUUUUAGAUCCUUAUGAUGGUGACUCUGAAGAUGUACCAAAUCUUUCAGACUGCAGCUUGAAUAAUUGUUCCCUUGGGGACAUAAGCUGCAAUGGAGUUUCAAAUUCACUGAACUCACGUAUCCCAGAAGAGGUUGCUAUUGAAGAGCCUACCUUUCUAAAAAGUCCAGAACUUGCCAAGUGUACCAGUUGGACUUCUCCAACAUUAGAAACAAAUGAUGUGUACAUGCAGCCAAUGAGUGAAUUGAAAUUGCCAAUAGAGAUCAUCAGUCAAGAGGUGAGAGAUUGUUCAACAAGACUUUCAGAGCCAGCUGGAUUGUCUGUGGAUUCUAGAAUAGUUACUCAGGUACAGGGGCCGAGGUUAGAACAUUCCUGGUUCAUGAAUAUUGAUCCUCCUAAACCUGUAAAACACUUGGAAAACGUAGGAAGAGUGCCCUUGCAACCUGCCAGGCUCUUGUAUGAUAAGGAUAUUAAGUUGUAUAAACCAUCACUGUUCAAGAGAAAACUGGAACUACCACAUUCAGAGUGUGAAAAAAUUAAAAGAAAGAAACAGCAUAUGGCAUAAGCUAAGCUGCAUCUGAGACUCACGUUUUCAUCACUGAGUUCAGUGACUGGCUUUUUGCUGGUUUCAAGAACGACCAACUUCUCACGAAGUGCCAAUAAAAUGAAGCCAAUGAAAA